UCUAAUUUCCAACUAUUGGCAACGCUAAUACAUAGCAGCUGAUUGCUGCGGGAAAAAGAUUUGCAAAAACUAGUUUAUGGGGAAUUACGCGCGCAACGCUUUAGUAAAUUCAUAAAUUAGUAUCGUGUUUUAUCGUAUAUAUAAUUAAUGUUUAUUUCAUAUAAAUUAAUCGUAAUUAUUUAACAAAAUGUCAACCACAAAACAGUGCAAUCAACCCAACUGGAAGCAUCCAGAUGAGCUUAUAAAAUUGCAUCGUUUGAGGCAAAAGAAAAAGCAGCUGGCUGCACGCAUAAAUCAAAACACUAGUGUGCCAAGUAUAGAGAACUGCGGACUCGAUAAAGAGCGCUUAUUGGAGGCCAAAAUAGCGCAAAAGCGUAAAAAUCCCUUUGCAAUCAAAACUGAGACCAAACGUACACGUACCGACGACACGCCACUCAUUGAAGAUGACUCCUUACUUGCUUUUGUCAACACACCGCCGCCUAAAAAAGAAUCAUUCGUGCGCGAAACACCCACACGUCCUCCGCCAGCCAAGUUGACUUUGCAACCUUUUGAUCCGAAGUCUUUUGCUGCUAUGCUACAUAGUAAUGCUGCGGCAGAAGAUGAUGAGGCUGCUUUAGAGGAACAAAAAUUUACGAAACAUCUACCAAUGGAUUGGAGCAUCAAAACACGUGUGCGCAUAUUUUGUCGCAGUGAACUACCAACAACUACACUCAAAACAAGUCAAUUGGCAAGCGGUUUGACCAGUUUCGUGCGUUGCAUCGAUCCACAGAACGCACAAUGCGGCUUAGAUAUUUCUCCUGCUACACGUUUCAAUCAGGCCAGUUACUAUUGGCAACAUCCCUACCUCCCAUGGAUGACAUUAUUUCCACGCAAUGCAAAAACUAAUAACGGUAUUGUGCUGGGCGAACGCGAACGCAAAUAUUUAACAGAUGACUGGGACUACAGUUUUAGGGGAUUAUUUCAACUACUGCGUGCACGACAGUGUCCUUACUUUUAUCUGUGUGCUAAUACUUUUACAGUGCUUUUCCGUGCAGCUGGCACUGGUGGCUGUGUGGAAACGCAUGCUCUCAUGUCGCCCAGCACACGCGGUUUGCGUAGCGCGUUACGUCAAGAGGGUAUAGAAUACACAAUGCCCCUGAAAAAUGAUAGCGCAUUAAAUAAGUCUGAUGAUGGCAACUUCACAGAGGAGAGUAACAGCGCAGACGCAGUGCCUGAAGGUAAUAUUGGCCGUCCUGCUGACACUUCCAAUGAAUUGCUAGCAGAGGAAGACGAGGAGGAUACCGAUAACUUUUUGGAAAAUCUAGAAGUUAACGAUAAAGAUUUACGUAGAAUUCAAACAGAACAUGCGCGCAAAUUAAACGUUCAAGAGAUGUCCGAAGACUUCAGUGAUAACUCGCUACUGCUGAUUGAAGGUGUAGAAUGUCAAGGAUUUUUUAGUUUUCUGCUCAAUGCCAAAAGUACAAUUUCUAAUGUGGGCAGACUCGCAGGCAUACCACCAACACUAUUGGCACCAGUUGCAUUCCCAAAAGCUACAAUGCAACAAUUGGCAACACGUUCGAGUAAAGUGCGCAUGGAUGGCGUGGACUACAAUAGUAUUGAAGUGAAAGGUGUGGUAUUACCAUCGUUCUUGCCAUACGCCUGCAGUUUACUGGGCGAAAGUAAAGACACAUUUAGCGCAACACUUGCCACUAACAAUAAUACGCUAGCGUUUAGUAAAGCAACGCAGUGUUUACUUGAGAAGGAUGGCACUGUAGCAGAUACCCAAGAGGAAAAGAAAACGAGUCAGGAUGAAACAUCAGGGCAGGUGUUUGGGCAAGAGAACUUAUCAGACUGCGGGCUGACUCCAAGUGUUGUAGAAUGUAUGUGUCGCACCGGACAAAAUGCAGUCACACUUUUAGAACGCGUGUGUUACGAUAAAGAAUACGGUUACGCUUGGAGUUGACAUGUACAGCAUUGUUAUAAGAACCACAAUCAAAUAUGUUCAAUAUUCUCCAACACAUAUUCGUAGAUCAUAAUGGCAACUAAUAAAAAAAUAUUUUUUAAUAAAAUCUAUAUUUUAAAAUUACAACUUAA